CACCCCGGGAGCGAGGCCAGCAGCUUUGGGUGAGGAGGCUUCCUCAGUGGCUCACGGCGGAGGCCAGAAGAUAAGACACUGCACUGGGAGCGGGGAGAGCUAAACUCUGAGGCUGUUGAGAACUACUUCCAGGUCGGGGUGCGAGCUGCCGAGCACUUCUCGGCAAGGAGACCUCUCUCUGAACUGGAUGGGGCUUUUGCGGAAAGCUACCUCCUGCCUUUGCUAACGGCCGCGCCGGGGCCCAGCCUCUCCGCCCUGCGCGCCUGCGCGCCUCGGCUCUUGGGUCCGCCUUUCCGGUCCGAUUUCAGGGGGCGGGACAGCAACGGUAAAAUGGCGGCGCCGGGCAGUGCAGUGUCUCCGGAGAAGCCCAGCCACAAAAAGUACAGAGCAGCUCUGAAGAAGGAGAAACGAAAGAAACGUCGGCAGGAACUGGCGCGACUGAGAGACUCAGGAGUCUCCCAGGAUGAGGAGGAUGCUCUGACUGAAGAACAACAACUAGAAGAAGAGAAGCUGCUGGAGAGAGAGAGGCAAAAAUUACAUGAAGAGUGGUUGCUGAGGGAGCAGAAGGCGCAAGAAGAAUUCAGAAUAAAGAAGGAAAGGGAAGAGGCCAAUAGAAGGCGACAGGAGGAGCAAGAGAGAAAGCUGAAGGAAGAAUGGGAAGAACAGCAGAGAAAAGAGAGGGAAGAGGAGGAACAGAAACGCCAGGAGAAGAAGGAGAGAGAGGAAGCUGUGAAGAAGAUGCUGGAUCAGGCUGAAAAUGAGCUGGAAAAUGGCACUACGUGGCAAAACCCGGAACCACCGGCAGAUCUGAGAGUCAUGGAGAAAGAUCGAGCUAACUGUCCAUUCUACAAUAAAACAGGAGCUUGCAGAUUUGGAGAUAGGUGUUCACGUAAGCAUAAUUUCCCAACAUCUAGCCCCACCCUUCUGAUCAAAAGCAUGUUUACAACAUUUGGAAUGGAGCAGAGCAGACGGGACGACUACGACCCCGAUGCAAGCCUCGAGUACAGUGAGGAAGAAACCUACCAGCAGUUCCUUGACUUCUAUGAUGAUGUGCUCCCUGAAUUCAAGAAUGUGGGCAGAGUGGUUCAGUUCAAGGUCAGCUGCAACUUGGAACCUCAUCUGAGGGGCAAUGUAUAUGUGCAAUACCAGUCGGAAGAGGAAUGUCAAACAGCCCUUUCUUUGUUCAAUGGACGAUGGUACGCAGGCCGGCAGCUUCAGUGUGAAUUUUGCCCUGUGACGCGGUGGAAGAUGGCGAUCUGUGGCUUGUUUGAAAUACAGCAAUGUCCAAGAGGGAGACACUGCAACUUCCUCCACGUGUUCCGAAAUCCCAACAAUGAAUUUUGGGAGGCUAACAGAGACCUCUACCUGUCUCCAGAUCGGACUGGCUCCUCGUUUGGGAAGAAUUUUGAGAGGAGGGACAGGGCGGGUCAUCAUGACGAAUACUACAGCAGGUCUAGGAGGAGGAGAAGCCCUAGUGCUGACCACUCCUACAAAAGAAAUGGGGAAUCUGAGAGGAAAAGGAGGACCAGUCACAGGGGGAAGAAAUCCCAUAAACACACGACGAAGAGUCGGGAGAGGCACAGUUCAAAAAGUAGAGGAAGAAAACGGGACCGAAGUAGGGGCCGGGGCAGCCGGAGCCUGAGCCAGAGCCGCAGGAGCCGCCGCAGCAGGAGCCGCAGCAGGAGCCGCAGCAGGAGCCGCAGCAGGAGCCUGUCUGUGUCCAGGAGUCAUGGUGGGCGGACGUCCCGGAGCAGAGACGUAGCUGUUCAGAGUCCCAAAUCCAAAUAA